GGGAAAGGUAGCCGCCUCGUCACCCGCUCCUUCCGUUUCAGUAGAUUUCCUUGGUGCUGUCAUUGGAUGCCACUGACUGCGGUACUCUACGCUCGCCUUCUGAAGACGGCUGAUGAAUGCCUGCACUAAAGUGCCAGUUGCUGCAAAUGAUUCUGGUGGGCCUGGUUCUAGUACCACUGGCACUGAUAGAAGCCCUGGACUUUAACUACCACGAUGAGCUGAGACUGAAAUCUUUGCUGGAAAAUUUUUGUCGGAAGAAUCCAGAGAUCACUAGAUUGUACUCAAUUGGGAAGAGCAAUCAUGGUCGAGAUCUGUGGGUUCUGGCUAUUGGCAAGCAUGCAGCAUCUGGAGGUUUACUUGUCCCUAAUGUCAAAUAUGUGGCCAACAUACAUGGAAAUGAGGUGGUAGGCAGGGAAAUGGUGCUGCAUCUAGCUGAGCACUUCCUGCUCCAGUACCACCAGAACAGCACCAUCAGGCAGUACCUCAACACCACAACAGUUCACCUCAUGCCUUGCAUGAAUCCUGAUGGCUUUGCUGUGUCCAGAGAAGGAGAUUGUACAUCUGUUACAGGGAGAUUUAAUUCCCGAGGCCAUGACUUGAAUAGAAACUUUCCAGACAGCCCAAACACCAACCCUGCCCCCUUACAGACAGAGACAAAGCUGAUCAUGGCGUGGAUUCUCUCAACCAACUUUGUUUUAUCAGCCAACCUCCACGGUGGGGCCAUGGUUGUCAAUUACCCCUUUGACUCUGUUCCUGGAGCCCCAAAUUUGGACAUUUAUGCCACAUCACCUGAUGACGAUGUCUACCGCUAUCUGGCCUUGACCUUUGCUAAGUCUCACCCCACCAUGCACAGAGACAGCCACUGUGGGGAGACAUUCAAAGAUGGCAUUUCUAAUGGCGCCAAGUGGUAUUCUGUUAUUGGAGGUAUGCAAGACUACAUGUACAGGUUUGCCAGUGGCUAUGAAGUGCUGAUAGAGAUGUCGUGUUGUAAAUAUCCCCCGGCUGCUGAGCUGCAGAACCAGUGGCAGCUCAACAAGGAUGCCUUGAUCAACUAUCUGUUUGCUGUACAUAUGGGCGUCAAAGGUCUAAUCCAGACACCCACACAAAAUGGGACCCUUAGACCUGUUGCUAAUGCUGUUGUGGUUGUGGAAGGAAGAAAGGAAAUCAAAUUUAAAUCUUCAAAAAGGGGAGAGUACUACAAACUGUUGUUGCCAGGAGAUUAUGUGAUUGAGGUGUCACACCCUUCUUACCUCACCACCAGAGUGAAAGUCACAGUUGGCGAGGGCGUCACCAGACAGGAUAUAACGCUCACCUCAGCCGUCGCCAGCACUGACUCAACCACAACUACUCCUGUCACUAGUGACAUCACUAGUGACGUCACUAGAUUAAGAGAUGAUGUGACUGUGACAAAAGCCCCUAUAAAGUUUGAUAGCCAAGAAGCUGGGAACAUGAUGCCAUUUUUACACCCCAGUUUAAUGGUUACCAUAGUUAUGCUUUUAAUUUGUCAUAUGUACUCAAAGAUGUGAAAACAUUCCAAGUGCCUUAUCAUUCACUCUAUGCCAUCUGCUUGUGAAAUUAUUUAUUCUACAUUAUGUGGUUUUUCUGAAUUUUUAAAGGAAGAAUACUAAAACCCACAAUCAUCUAAUGUAUAAGCAAUAAAGUAAAGAUUAUUACCAAGCAUAUUUUAAUGACAAUAAUUUACCAUUGAUAUUGAAAAGGGGCUUGUGCAUGCAACCCAAACCAGGUGACCCGCCCCCAUUCUGGGUGAUGCCCCAGGCUGAGUGACGCCCCCCACUGGGUAACACCCCACUUAGUGACGCCACUGAACUACCUUGUUAGAGUUAACUCCCCAGUGCCUUGUAGUAACAAUCAGGGAUAAUAUGAUGAUGGUGCAAACUUGUAUAAAUGCUGAAGUGGUGUCUAGUUGUUUUAUUUUUAUUUUAUUUACUUUUUUUUCUGGAUUUAACCACUAUCUACAAACUACUUUUAAAAACUCUAUACUUAACAGUUAAAUAUUCACUGUAUUUUAAAAGAUAAGUAUUAUUACUUAAAAUUAAUAUAUACAUGUUUAGUUGUUUUUUUUUAUGAAGAAUUUUUGAAGAAUUGAAAUUAUUCAUUUUUUUUAAUAUACUGGCACCAAUAUUUCUAGUGUACAACUUUGAAACAGGUGACUAUGUUGCAUGUUGUUUUUUUUAUUAUGCAGGAAAGAAUCUUUGAAAUGUAAAAUAUUGAACUGUGAAAAUAUUGCAUGUUUUUACUGGUACAAACUACAUUGUGCUGUACUGGUACAGUAUGCUGUACUGCUUCAAACUGCAGUGUGCUGUACCUGGUACAAAUCACUGUGUGCUGUACUGGUACAAAUCACUGAGCUCAAAAAGACCAAGAUUCUACUGAAUGUGAACUGUGUGUUAUUUUGUUAUGAACUUGUUAUAAACUUGCUACAUAUAUCCUGAUAUAGCCUACUUGUGUCAAAUCUUGUUGUAAACCUUACUCAAGCUAAACCAAAUGGCCAGUUUUAUAAAGUUAAAAUUAAAAAGAAAUAUAUU